UAUAUAUAUACAGACCGAGAAAGCUUUGAUAGGUUUACAUCGAAUUUGCUUCUGUUUCCAUCGGAGGAGGAAGCAGUGCAGCGGUGGAGCUGAAAAGGAAGGAAAGAUGUCGGGUAUGGGAGACGGGUACGUGGGCACAGCCCAAGACGCAGUGAGGAUCCGGAGACUGGAGAAGCAGAGAGAAGCCGAGAGGAGAAAAAUCCAAGAGCUCAAGAACAAGACCUCCUCUACCCAAGGCCAACCCGGUCUCCUCCAAUUCGGUUCAAGUACCUCCGAGAUUCUCGAGACUGCGUUUAAGAAGGAAACUGUUGGUCUUGUUACUAGGGAGCAAUAUGUUGAGAAGAGGGUCAAUAUCCGGACCAAAUUUGAAGAAGAAGAGAAGGAAAAACUUCAGAAGCUGCAACAAGAGGAGGAGGAGCUUCAAUUACAAAAGCGUAAAAAGCGGAAAAUAAAGGGGAACCCCCGAUUGUCUUUUUCUGAAGACUUUGAAAAUGGAACAGAUGAGGAGGAGGAGGAGGAGGAGGAUGAAAACAAAAGUAAAGAAUCAAAGAGGUUUGGGAACAUAAAAUUUGGCAAGGAUCCAACUGUAGAAACUAGUUUUUUGCCUGACAGUGAAAGAGAGGCGGAGGAACAAGCUGAGCGUGAAAGGCUGCGGAAACAGUGGCAACGUGAGCAGGAACAGAUCCGAAACGAGCCUCUUGAAAUCACUUACAGUUACUGGGAUGGAGCUGGUCAUAGGCGAGUAAUCCAGGUUCGCAAAGGUGACACCAUAGGAGAUUUUGUUCGGGCUGUUCAGCAGCAACUUGCACCUGAAUUUCGAGAGAUUCGAACAACUUCUGUGGAGAAUCUGCUUUAUGUGAAAGAAGAUCUUAUCAUUCCUCAUCAACACAGUUUCUAUGAGCUGAUUGUCAACAAGGCUAGGGGGAAAAGUGGGCCGCUUUUCCACUUUGAUGUACACGAGGAUGUGCGCACAAUUGCUGAUGCAACAAUUGAGAAAGAUGAGUCACAUGCUGGUAAAGUUGUUGAGAGGCACUGGUAUGAAAAAAACAAGCAUAUCUUCCCUGCUUCAAGAUGGGAGAUAUAUGACCCUACAAAGAAGUGGGAAAGAUACACCAUCCAUGGGGAUUGAUUAGCAGAGGCAAAAUUUGGGAUGCUUUGUUGUUGCUACUUGAUGAGCUUAAACCGAUUUCAUCUUUAGCUAGUUGGACAAUUGUAGUCUCUAUGCAUUCUUAUGCUCAUUCUUAGAUGUCGAGUAUAAGAGUUUGAUACUGAAAAUGGUUUAUAUGUGUGGUUUUUAGCACAACGAUUAAUGAAUACUAGAGAAAUAUUGGACGCAAUUGUGUUUGGAGCAACCUCGUUGCUAAAAUUGGGUCUUUUUUGGUGUUCUAGUCAUGUUUGUCUGGUUA